AUUUCCGGUAAGUGGCGCAUAGUGGCGGAACCCUAAAGCUGCUGUGUAAUUGUAAGAUUUAGCUGCUGAAGCAGCGCAGUUUCUUCGUAAGAUAAAAGUUAAAUCUCACAUUAAAGAUGCCGGACUAUUUGGGAGACGAUCAAAGGAAGUUAAAAGAAGAGGAAAAGGAUGACGCACCUAUCAGAGCUUUGGAUGAAGGGGACAUAGCUCUGCUCAAAACAUACGGUCAAAGCACCUACUCUAGACAGAUCAAACAAGUGGAAGAUGACAUUCAGCAGCUUCUCAAAAAGAUCAACGAGCUGACAGGGAUCAAGGAGUCAGACACAGGCCUGGCUCCACCAGCGCUCUGGGAUUUGGCUGCUGACAAGCAGACCCUGCAGAGUGAACAGCCAUUGCAGGUAGCAAGAUGCACAAAGAUCAUCAAUGCAGACUCUGAAGACCCCAAAUAUAUAAUCAACGUUAAACAGUUUGCUAAGUUUGUGGUAGACCUGAGUGACCAAGUGGCUCCCACUGACAUUGAAGAGGGCAUGAGAGUUGGGGUUGACAGGAACAAGUAUCAGAUCCACAUCCCUCUGCCUCCAAAGAUUGAUCCCACUGUUACUAUGAUGCAGGUGGAGGAGAAGCCUGAUGUGACAUACAGUGAUGUUGGUGGAUGUAAGGAACAGAUCGAGAAGCUGAGAGAAGUGGUUGAAACCCCUCUUCUCCAUCCUGAGAGGUUUGUCAAUCUGGGUAUCGAGCCUCCUAAAGGUGUGCUGCUGUUUGGGCCCCCUGGCACUGGAAAGACCCUGUGUGCUCGUGCUGUUGCCAACCGAACAGACGCCUGCUUCAUCCGAGUCAUCGGUUCAGAGCUGGUGCAGAAAUACGUGGGAGAGGGAGCCAGGAUGGUGCGCGAGCUGUUCGAAAUGGCCAGAACUAAGAAGGCCUGUCUGAUCUUCUUUGAUGAAAUUGAUGCGAUUGGGGGUGCCCGUUUUGAUGACGGUGCGGGCGGAGACAAUGAGGUGCAGAGGACCAUGCUGGAGCUCAUCAACCAGCUGGAUGGUUUCGACCCUCGUGGCAACAUCAAAGUGCUGAUGGCUACCAACAGGCCGGACACACUGGACCCGGCCCUGAUGAGACCGGGACGUCUGGAUAGGAAGAUUGAGUUCAGCCUGCCUGACCUGGAAGGCCGCACCCACAUAUUUAAGAUCCAUGCUCGAUCUAUGAGUGUGGAGAGAGACAUUCGCUUUGAGCUCUUGGCUCGUCUUUGUCCCAACAGCACUGGGGCCGAGAUCCGCAGUGUGUGCACAGAGGCAGGAAUGUUUGCAAUCAGAGCUCGCAGGAAGAUCGCCACGGAGAAAGACUUCCUGGAGGCUGUAAACAAAGUCAUUAAAUCCUAUGCCAAAUUCAGCGCCACCCCCAGAUACAUGACCUAUAACUAAGACUUUCUUUGUGAGUGUUUCUGAUUUGGAUUGUCUCUGUCAAAAGAAACCUUAAGUUAAAAAAAAAAAAGUCUUUUGGUUGUCACUGUAAUCUGCUUAAGAAUAAAGUUUAUUUCAGA